AUGAAAAACUUCAAAACACCUUCUGAGAAAUACCGACAACAAGGUAAUGAAAUCUUUGCGAAAUUAAAACAACAAGAAGAUGCUGCAUUUGUGGUCCGCCAGGGCCGUUUUACUGAUGCUUUGAAAUACUACAAUCAAGCUUUAAACGCUUCUAUGAACGAUGAUGAACGAGCAUCAGCACAUAAAAAUCUCGGUUCUUUAUAUUCUUAUCAAAUUACAAGUACUAAUAUUGAAUCAGCUAAUAAAAACGAUUAUAAUCACAACCUGAAAGAAUGUAUAACAUCUUACGGUUAUGCGCUUCAAUUGGGAAGACAAGCAAAAUCACAAGAAUGGCUAAUUUCAAUUCGUCAUCAAAUCAAUAAUUUCGUCUCCGAUUGUUAUGCUCAGUUUCUUCUAUUACCCACUGAAGAGCGUUUGCGUGCUCUUGAGUUCACUGUGAAUUGUUUUGAACGUACAACUCUCAAUAGGCUCGAUUCAGUAGCCACAGCUUAUUACGAACUUGGCCAGUUGAUGUUUCAAAACGCUUUGAAGCAUUUUAAGAAAGAGCCAAAACUCAUUUAUAAUUGUCUUCCUACUCUAAAUCGUGCUUUCUAUUGGGCUUGUGAACCUCAUACAUUCCGAUCAAACGAGAUGAAAGAGCUUCAAGAUAGUAUUUGGUUGCACCAAUGUAUACAUGAAAGUUCUAAUGCUCGACACACAGGUGUUCGUAUGCUAGAUUAUCAUUUACAAAACGAUGAAGAACUUAAUAUGGAUUUCAUAUGGACAAUUAUCGACAAAUUUCGAGAAGCAAUAUUAUUAGCCAAAGAGCUUGAUAUUGAAGGCGAGGCGCGUGCAUGUCAUUGUACAGCGACAGUCUAUGAAAAAGUGUUAAAAAUGGACGAUAUAGCUUAUAAUUAUCAUCUUCGUUGUAUAACACUUGCUCAAACUUUAGUACCACGAAAUCUAACUAAACAUGAAUGGUAUAUGAAGAGCAGUUCUUUCGUUCAAAAACAUCGUGCGAAAAAAGUAAACGAAGAAGAGAAGAUAGAUGAAGAGCGUUAUAAGAAUUUUCGCACUGAACUAGCAUCAGACUUGAAGGAACUGAACAAGGCAGCCGAAAAAGGAGCACAGGAGCUCCUUAAGUAUAUCUAUGAAAAACAUCCACCACGUAAAGAAGGUGCGACGAUGGGUUCUAUUGAGAGUGAUCAAUUAAUUAAGACUGUUAAAACAGCUUUGCUUCAUUAUCAUCCGGAUAGGCAAUCAGUUUUCAAUGAUAAAAAAUGGACAUUUCUCUGCACUGAAAUAACAAAAAUACUCAACGCCAAGCACGAGAUCUUGAAGCUUGGCAGUUAA